ACAAGGGAGACUGACGGAGCUGCCACACUAAACAAGGAGCCACAGGUCACCAUUCCCCAACGUGCUGUUCAGUCUGGGGAUCCAUACGCCCGGAAACUGCAACGUUCAGGCCAGGCAGGUACCAAACAAGCACCCCUGAAAGCACCGGGGAAGCAAGACAGAAGCAAAGAGGGCAAGAAAGAAGAUCCCCAGAUUCUUUUGCUUCAGGUGGAGGCGCUGCAGGCCCAGCUGGAAGAGCAGACACGACUAUCCAAAGAGCAGAUAGAGACUCUAGAGGACAGGAAGGUCCGCGUGGAAGAAACCCAGGUGCAGCACCAAAGAGACCAGGACAAAAUGAAAUCUAUGACAGAUAAGCUGAAUAAGACCCAGAAAUUGCUGUACGAGAGCACCAGGGAUUUCCUGCAACUGAAAUUUGAGUGCCGAGCCAAUGAGAAAUCUUGGAUGGCCGAGAAGGAUCGGCUGCUCCGAGAGCUAGACCGGUGCCGAGAGCAGUUGGCUUUAAGUAGUGACCCAGAGCAAGAGCGGGAACACGAGCGAGAGAUCCUGCGUUUGUCAUUGGUCGAGAAAGCAAGUCGGCACUCGCACAGUGAGGAAGUGAAGGGUAAUUCCCAUUCUCUUACAGAGCAGCUGGCACAAGCACAUCGCCUCGCUGAAAUGUACCGGGAGCAGUGUGUGACACUGGAGGAUGAGCUGGGAAAGAUACGAGAGGAGGGAGACGUGGGCAGGGAAAUCUUCAAGGUGACGCUGAACAUCGGGCCAGACCAAGAUCUUGCUAUUCUGGAUGCAGUGCGGCAGGGCAACAAAAAGACACAAAAAAUUCAAGGGGAACUGCGCAACUUAAAGGCCAAAAUCUGUGGCCUGGAGAAUGAACUGAGAAUCGGAUAGAGCACAAGGGAGACUGACGGAGCUGCCACACUAAACAAGGAGCCACAGGUGACGCUGAACAUCGGGCCAGACCAAGAUCUUGCUAUUCUGGAUGCAGUGCGGCAGGGCAACAAAAAGACACAAAAAAUUCAAGGGGAACUGCGCAACUUAAAGGCCAAAAUCUGUGGCCUGGGGAAUGAACUGAGAAUCGGAUAGAGCACAAGGGAGACUGACGGAGCUGCCACACUAAACAAGGAGCCACAGGUGUUGGGCGAUAUUCCUCUGCACCCCCCUUUCACCCCGGAGCUCGGCAAUGAAAGGGUGCGUGAGGAGCUGCCUUGCAGAUGGUCUCCUGCCUGGGUCUCUCUGCAGGCACUCGCUGAUGAAGAAGCGGAACUCGUCACUCCUGGAAAAAAAAACGGUGGUAAAAUGAUAAUUGUUUGUGUUACAUUUCCCAGAGUUCACAGUGUGACGACUCCCUGAUCCUGCCGCUCUGUACCCAACCCAAUCACAGCACAGGCAGCAAUAGGGGGUGAGCCCCUUCCCUUCUAAGGGUUCCACUGCUCUGCCUGAAAUGGGGGGCUAUUGCACUUACUUAUGAACCCUGAAUUAUAAGGGUACAUUUACCUGUGACCAAAUUACUGUCUCUCUGGUUUUGCCUAUAUCUUAGCCCGGCUUGUAUUGGCUGCCAGAUACCGGCCCCAAGAGCUCAAGCUCAGCACGAGAGUCUGCGUUUGCGCAUAGAGCUACACAUAUUACGCAUCACCUUCACCCUUAUUUCAGCCCGGACUGGGAUACAAAAUAGGCCCUGGCAUUUCAUAUCCACAGAGGCCAAAACAGCCCCCCAGCCCAAUAAAUAGCCACUGCCUAUGGCAUCUCACAGCAUUUACCUGCCCUCACUUAUUUCCCAUUUAUCCCUUCCCCAUCCUUACUUUAUGUCAUAUCCCAAUGUCCCCCUCACCAUAAAGUCUACCUU